AUGAGUACGCGGGAGCAGUACGCGCACGCGACGCCCUCCUUCCGACGACAAUCGGAGCAUCCGACGCGUUCUUCUUCGUCCUACGGGGGCGCACACUUUCGUCGCCCACAAGUCUCCAAUAGUCCAAGCAGCAGUGCGGUCGUCAGCUACGGGACCAUCCCGGGCAACACUAACAGGAUGGACUCGCCAUCCAGAGCGGGGCCGGCGUCCGAGAAGACGAGCCCUCCCCUGGAAGGUCCCACGCAUUUUGGCGAGCUGCGGUACCAGGACACGGCCAAGACCGCGUGUCAUGCUACCAUCAACGGGAGCAUUGACAAGUUCUUCAUCGCGGACGAUAGGUGGACCUGCUAUAGACGGAACUAUUUCUCGUGCGUCUGCUCCUUCUCGCUGGGGCCCUACUUUCCCGGCACCCCCGUCGAGGUGAAGCCGGCGGGCGGGCAGAGCUUCUUCCUGGUUCACCAGUUCGGCGUCAGCAUCUCAGCCGUCGUGGCCGGCAACGAGCAGCAGGUUGUUGAGCUCGUCCAGCACACGCCCAAGCGGGACAAGGGGCCGACCGCCCCGCCGUCCAUCAUGCCCCUGAUGGCCAAGCAGGACGUCAUCAACCUCGGCUACUUCAACCUGGAGGACAGCAGCAUCCCGGCGCGCAACUAUCCAGACGCCUGGGUGCCCUCCGAGGCGGGUGGCAUCGGGACACUGACCGAGUGGACGUUUGAGCGGAUCCAGUUCAAGCAGGCCACGCAGAACAACGGCAAGCGCCGAGCCCAGCAGCAGUUCUACCAUCUCUUGGUCGAGUUGUGGGUCAACAUUUCGCCGUCUAACAACCCCGACUGGCACAAGGUCGUCCAUCGCAAGUCGGCCCAGCUCAUUGUCCGAGGACGGUCGCCGGGUCAUUACCAGACCGAGCGGAGCCACAGUCGUGACGGAACUCGUAACACGGACAAUCAACCUGCGAUCUAUGGCGCGCCCAUGGGGGGCCCUCGUGGCUAUGGUGGCGCACAGAUCCAUUCGUUUGGAAGCUACGACGCCAGCCAUGGCCUCUACGACCCGAAUCAGCGACAUCACCAACAACAACAGCAUCACGCCUUGUCACGAGAGGCUAUGCUCCCGGCGGAAGAAGAGAAGCCCAUGGACGUGGCCAAGCACUACACCUACUACCCCGGGGCCAUGGACGGCAGCUACCAGAGCCACAACACAACGGAGCCCUGGGUGGGCCACCACGAUCCCGAGUCUGUCUCGCACAUGAUUGCCGGCGUCGAUAUCAACAGCAAAGUCAAGCAUGAGUACGAAAACAUUACGCUACCUCGCCUCGUGCACCCGCCCUCUCUGAGCAACAACAACGACCAGAACCGGCCGUGCCGUACGUUUUACGGCCGGUCUUCGUCCAACGGGUCGUACCCGCAGCUCCUCUCGCCGACGAGCGUGAACAUGUCAUUGUAG